AUGGCACAGGGAUAUUGGUGGUAGUGGGUAGAACUGCGACUUAAUGGGUGUGCUGACGAAGGUUCGCGAAGAGUUGGCGAGGCAGGUGAGCCAGAUUGGCGAGUGUGGCGGCGUAGAUUACCGUCAGGAGGGUAGCACAGGCGAGAGUGGUCGGUACGAAGUAGCAGGCAGUCAUGGUGUGAAUCAGAAGAGGACUUAGAAGUGGUGGCCGGAUGUUAAGGGAAGCGAGGAGGCACUUCGACAGAAAGCGUAUCUUGGCGAGAAGUAAAAUAGAUCGGUAACAGAACGUCGGUGAAUUAGCGUUGUGAAGUUUUCCACCGCUAGCCACCAGAUGUGAACACAUACACGCGCACUCACACUCACAGAAACACAUGCGUGUGCGUUUGUGUAUGGUAUUUAUGCUGUGUAGGAGGACGCCGUUCCGAACGCCCGGCGCAGCAUGGGGUCGUUCCGAGGGCAGGCGGCCAGGACGGCGGCAGUCGUGGUGGUGCUGGCAGCAGCGUCGUCCCUGCGGCUGGCCGGCGGGCAACCCCUUGCUGAGAACACUGGUGCGGGCAUCACGUUGAUCGAGGCUGUGAAAGCGAACGACUUGGGUCUCGUGGCCAAACUGCUGGCAGGCGGCGCCGACGUCAUGCAGGUGGACAGCAUCAAACGCACUCCCCUGCACUGGGCGGGGCGAAUGGGCUACACAGAUAUCCUCAAACUCUUGUUAACUUAUAACCCGGACAUGGACGCCCUGGACAGAGACAGCUCGACGGCGCUGGGUCUGGCCAGGUGGCAGAAGCACACGGAAGCCGAGGCAGUGCUGGUGGCGAACAAGGAGCGCAAUACCUUUGCUGGAGGUUGCCAAUACGACCAAGAACUUCACCUGAACGGGGACUCCUGGGCCACCGUCUGCCAUAACCAUGUGUGUGAGGAUAAAGUGGUUGUCUCCACGGUCAUUGAUUCAUGUAAGUGAAUCUCUAUAAAUAUG